UGUCUAGCCGUGUUGCAAUUGGAUCGAAACGAUGGCCACAUCAGGCGACGGUAGAGCUUCAGACGCAGAGUGGAAACGAAUACAGCAGAAAACGUUUACCCGGUGGUGCAAUCAGAGCCUUCGAUCGCGUGGAAUGGAGAUCGAAGACCUGCAGACUGAUUUCGCCGACGGAUUGAAGCUUAUAGCGCUGCUCGAGGUGUUAUCGAAGAAGAGCAUGGGUCGCUACAACAAACGACCCAAGGUGCAAAUGCAGAAGUUGGAGAACGUGGCGAAGUGUCUGAAGUUUAUUGGGUCUGAGGGAAUGAAGCUGGUCAAUAUAGGAAAUCAAGACAUCACUGAAGGCAAUUUGAAGUUGAUUCUAGGCUUAGUGUGGACACUCAUUUUGCACUACCAGAUCAGCACGGGUUUUGAUGGUGGUGAAGGCGGCAAAGGCAAGAAAGGGAAGUCAGCCAAGCACGUGCUUUUAGAUUGGGUGAAAGAGAGGAUUCCAGGUCACGAGAUUAAGAAUUUCUCAACCGACUGGAACAGUGGGAUUGCAGUAGCAGCUCUAACUGAUUCUGUUGCUCCCGGUUUAUGCCCUGAACACAAGACAAUGAACCCAUCUGCAGCAUUAGAAAAUGCUCAACUGGCAAUGGGACGUGCAGAAGAAUGGUUGGAUGUACCACAGAUUUUAACUCCUCAUGACAUGGUGAAUCCCAACAUUGAUGAGCUCAGUGUGAUGACAUACAUCUCUUACUUUCGAGACGCUCAACCGAAAGAGGGAAUGCCAAUAUUUGGGCCUGUUGAAGUGGCAGUUGCUGUUGCAGUAGAAGAGACAGAACUGGAUAUGACUGAUGCUCCAUCGAGAGAACUACCAACGUUUAAAGUAUUUACAGAUGAGAUUGCAUCAGUAGAGCAAGCUCGAGAAUAUGCAGAGAGAGGUAAUGGAGAAAUGCAUGUUGUUAUUGGAGACCAGACAAAUGAUUUGGACUCGAUGGUUCCUGUUCUUGCACAUGCGUUUCUUAAUGAUUUAAUCAAUAAGUCAUUCAAUCAACCAUCUUCACUAGUUGUGCCAGUUUUCAAUGUCGUGAGAGCAGAACUGAAGCUUUCACCAGAAGCCAAGCUCUUGUUUGCUGAGAGCAAUGUUGAUGUCACCAAGAUUAUAUGCAUUGAUGAAAUUGAUUUAGCAUCUCUUGCUUCAAAGGGUCGCCUUAAAAUGUCAAUUGUUAACCACAAUGUGCUUGCAGAUUACCAAUUAGUGUUGGCUCCAGCAGUGAUUGAGAUUAUUGACCACCAUGAGGACCAAACCGGUGACUUAUAUGGCAGCAAUGUGGCAAAGAUGAUCGAACCUGUUGCGACAUGUACGAGCCUUGUUGCCGAAUUUUUUACUUCUCAAAUGCCUCAGGCUCUUGAGAAGAAUCCUGAUCUUGUUCGUUUACUGCUGGGGGUCAUACUCCUCAAGACAGAUAAUAUGGAUGCAUCUAGCCAUAGCUCAGAGAAAGAUAAAGAAAUGGUUGAUCAACUAGUUGCAAUAGGAAGUGUUGAUCGAUCUCAACUGUUUGGUGGACUAGAUGCUGUAAGUCUUUAUCGGAAAGCGUACAAGCUUCUGAGAAAAGACUACCUUUGCAAUCCAAAUACCAAUCUAGGUGUUACAUUGGGAUGCAGUGUUGUCACCAUUAGCUGGCAAGAUUUUAUGGCACUUGACGGUGCACUAGACGCUGUGCUGCUCAUUCGUGCCGAGGAAAACCUAGAUUUUGUCAUCGUUAUCUGUAUAGACAAACGGGAUGGUGAGGUGAAGCAGUUCAUUGGAAUAUACAGUGAAGAUGAAGGGAUGAGAAAGCAAGUCGUAAAGCUGUUUUUGUCUCGUCGGGUGCUGAAGUUUAGUGAAAUGAAUCUGCCAGAAAACCAGAAACAUUUGAGUUGUUUAAUGAAAGAAGGCGAACUGUUAUCCCGAUUGGACCUGUUUGAUUUGAUAACUGUCGCUUUGAGUCAGCCUACUUUCAAGUCAUUUGUGGAUGAUAUUGCAUCUGUCCAUGCCAUGAAAGAUACAGCACAGAGACGAGAAGGCACAAUUCACAUUGUGUUAGGCAACACGGCUUGUGAUCUUGACUCUAUGGCAUCUGCCUUGGGAAGAGCUUACUAUGAUCAUGUGACUGGCAGAGCUCCUGCUACUGGUGUAGUUUCACCAAUGUUCAACGUGUACAGAAAUGAUCUAUUUCUUCGAACUGAUGCAAUUAAGCUCUUUGAGUUGUGUUCUUUGAAUACUGCUAAUGUUACGUGUGCCGAUGAUGUGAACUUGGAUCGAUUGCAACAGGACAACCUAUUGAAGUUGACUCUUGUCGAUCACAAUGUGCCGACUGAAAGCCAGAGAGACUUGGUGCCCUCUGUAGUUGAGAUUGUUGAUCACCAUCAAGAUGAUACUUCAGAUGUGUAUGACAAGACUGUUGAGAGAACUAUCUCUCUGGUUGGAUCAUGUGCCACUCUGAUUGCUGUUGACUUUCUGUCUCACAAACGUGAAGCAUUAGAGCAAAAUGAAGACCUGGUGAAGCUACUCCUUGGUGUCAUACUUCUUGAUACAGAUAACUUGAAUCCGACAACGGGAUUAGCCACAUAUCAAGAUUGUGAUGUGGUUUCACAGCUUGCUGGUUUGACAGACAUUGAUUGCAGUGGUUUGUUUACUGAACUGAUUGCUGCAAAGUUUGAUACAACUGGUUUGUCGGCAUAUGAUCUGCUGCGUAGAGACUACAAGUAUGCUUCAUCUACUGCUUCUGGAUUCACAGCAGGUGGCAGUUCUGUACCAGGAAGUGCUAUUAGGUUUCUAGAUUGUGAAGAUGCCCAAACUGCACUGCAACAAUUCAGCAAAGAGAAAAGUGUGAAUUUAUUACUUGUUGAUGCUAUUUUCUAUUAUUCAGAUCAGAAUAAGCGUAGACGUCAAAUUAUAAUCUACUGCCCUAACAGGAAGUUACAAAUCAAAGUUGUAAAGUACUUGCUAAAAGAAGGCGCACUUGGCUUAAAGGAAGUUUCCCAAGCUGACUCAAGCAUCCAGGUUUUCGAUCAGGAUAAUACAUCAGUGUCUCGGAAACACAUGCUAGGACUGAUCUGUGCUGCUCUUGAUCAAGAGGACAUUCCAAGUUUUAAGUCAUAUAUCGAUCAUAUUGCAUCGAUGCAAAAAAUCACACAGAUAGUAGAGAGUGAAGAAGGCAGUGUUCAUAUGGUGAUGGGCAGUCCUGCUUGUGAUCUUGACUCAAUGGUGUCUGCCUUAGCUCGUGGUUACUACAAUCAUGUGACGGGCAAGUCGCCUUCGUCUGUAGUUGUCUCGCCAAUGUUCAAUGCUUCUAGAAGUGACUUACCGCUGAGAACAGAGGCCACUAAGUUGUUUGAAGAGUGCAACGUGAACUCUGCCAACGUCGUCUGUAGCAGUGACUUGAGUUUAGAGGAGCUGCAGACGGAUGGCAAGCUGAAAUUGAGUCUGGUCGAUCACAAUAUGCCGACGGAAGAUCAGAGAGACAUGGUGCAGUGCGUAGUGGAGAUUGUCGAUCAUCAUCAGGAUGACAGUUCGGGAGUGUACGAUGAGAGUGUUGAAAAGACCAUUUCUGCGGUGGGAUCGUGUUCCACUCUGGUUGCUAGCGACUUCUUGUCUCACAAACGCGCGGCAUUGGAAGAGAACCCGGAUCUUGUGAAACUUCUGCUCGGGGCCAUACUCCUCGACACCGAUAAUUUGAGCGAAAUCACAGGCAUAGCGACGGAGAAGGACAGUGAAGUAGUUGCAGUACUGUCGAGCAUGACAGAAUCGAGUUGCGACGAUCUGUUCAAUGAGUUGAGUGCAGCCAAGUUUGAUACAUCCGGUUUGUCGGCAUACGACCUGUUGCGUCGAGAUUACAAAGAUGCCCCUUCGACCGAGAACGAGUCUACGGCGGGUGGUAGCACGGUACCCGAGAGCGGCACUAGUUUCUUAGAUCGCGAAGAUGCUGCUGAUGCUUUACAGCAAUUCAGCGGCGAGAGGGGCGUUGACGUGUUGCUUGUUAACUACGUGUUCUAUUCUGAUGUUGAUCGACAAGAACGGGAACGUCAAAUUGUCGUAUAUUGUCCGAACGAUAAGCUUCGCGUCAAAGUUUGCAAGUAUCUUCUGGCCGAUGAGACUCUGGGACUGAAGGAAGUCGGGCAAGAAGAGCAAGCCGAUGGCCACGUUCGAAUUUUCGACCAAGACAACACAUCUAUAUCGAGGAAGAAAGUAUUGAUAUUGAUCAAUGCUGCUCUCGGUCAAGAAGACAUUCCAAGUUUCAAGUCAUUUGUGGACGACAUUGCAUCGGUCAAGACUGUGCAAGAGGUGGUGCAGAGUGGAGAGGGCAGUGUUCAUAUGGUGAUGGGCAGUCCUGCUUGUGAUCUUGACUCAAUGGUGUCUGCCUUAGCUCGUGGUUACUACAAUCAUGUGACGGGCAAGUCGCCUUCGUCUGUAGUUGUCUCGCCAAUGUUCAAUGCUUCUAGAAGUGACUUACCGCUGAGAACAGAGGCCACUAAGUUGUUUGAAGAGUGCAACGUGAACUCUGCCAACGUCGUCUGUAGCAGUGACUUGAGUUUAGAGGAGCUGCAGACGGAUGGCAAGCUGAAAUUGAGUCUGGUCGAUCACAAUAUGCCGACGGAAGAUCAGAGAGACAUGGUGCAGUGCGUAGUGGAGAUUGUCGAUCAUCAUCAGGAUGACAGUUCGGGAGUGUACGAUGAGAGUGUUGAAAAGACCAUUUCUGCGGUGGGAUCGUGUUCCACUCUGGUUGCUAGCGACUUCUUGUCUCACAAACGCGCGGCAUUGGAAGAGAACCCGGAUCUUGUGAAACUUCUGCUCGGGGCCAUACUCCUCGACACCGAUAAUUUGAGCGAAAUCACAGGCAUAGCGACGGAGAAGGACAGUGAAGUAGUUGCAGUACUGUCGAGCAUGACAGAAUCGAGUUGCGACGAUCUGUUCAAUGAGUUGAGUGCAGCCAAGUUUGAUACAUCCGGUUUGUCGGCAUACGACCUGUUGCGUCGAGAUUACAAAGAUGCCCCUUCGACCGAGAACGAGUCUACGGCGGGUGGUAGCACGGUACCCGAGAGCGGCACUAGUUUCUUAGAUCGCGAAGAUGCUGCUGAUGCUUUACAGCAAUUCAGCGGCGAGAGGGGCGUUGACGUGUUGCUUGUUAACUACGUGUUCUAUUCUGAUGUUGAUCGACAAGAACGGGAACGUCAAAUUGUCGUAUAUUGUCCGAACGAUAAGCUUCGCGUCAAAGUUUGCAAGUAUCUUCUGGCCGAUGAGACUCUGGGACUGAAGGAAGUCGGGCAAGAAGAGCAAGCCGAUGGCCACGUUCGAAUUUUCGACCAAGACAACACAUCUAUAUCGAGGAAGAAAGUAUUGAUAUUGAUCAAUGCUGCUCUCGGUCAAGAAGACAUUCCAAGUUUCAAGUCAUUUGUGGACGACAUUGCAUCGGUCAAGACUGUGCAAGAGGUGGUGCAGAGUGGAGAGGGCAGUGUUCAUAUGGUGAUGGGCAGUCCUGCUUGUGAUCUUGACUCAAUGGUGUCUGCCUUAGCUCGUGGUUACUACAAUCAUGUGACGGGCAAGUCGCCUUCGUCUGUAGUUGUCUCGCCAAUGUUCAAUGCUUCUAGAAGUGACUUACCGCUGAGAACAGAGGCCACUAAGUUGUUUGAAGAGUGCAACGUGAACUCUGCCAACGUCGUCUGUAGCAGUGACUUGAGUUUAGAGGAGCUGCAGACGGAUGGCAAGCUGAAAUUGAGUCUGGUCGAUCACAAUAUGCCGACGGAAGAUCAGAGAGACAUGGUGCAGUGCGUAGUGGAGAUUGUCGAUCAUCAUCAGGAUGACAGUUCGGGAGUGUACGAUGAGAGUGUUGAAAAGACCAUUUCUGCGGUGGGAUCGUGUUCCACUCUGGUUGCUAGCGACUUCUUGUCUCACAAACGCGCGGCAUUGGAAGAGAACCCGGAUCUUGUGAAACUUCUGCUCGGGGCCAUACUCCUCGACACCGAUAAUUUGAGCGAAAUCACAGGCAUAGCGACGGAGAAGGACAGUGAAGUAGUUGCAGUACUGUCGAGCAUGACAGAAUCGAGUUGCGACGAUCUGUUCAAUGAGUUGAGUGCAGCCAAGUUUGAUACAUCCGGUUUGUCGGCAUACGACCUGUUGCGUCGAGAUUACAAAGAUGCCCCUUCGACCGAGAACGAGUCUACGGCGGGUGGUAGCACGGUACCCGAGAGCGGCACUAGUUUCUUAGAUCGCGAAGAUGCUGCUGAUGCUUUACAGCAAUUCAGCGGCGAGAGGGGCGUUGACGUGUUGCUUGUUAACUACGUGUUCUAUUCUGAUGUUGAUCGACAAGAACGGGAACGUCAAAUUGUCGUAUAUUGUCCGAACGAUAAGCUUCGCGUCAAAGUUUGCAAGUAUCUUCUGGCCGAUGAGACUCUGGGACUGAAGGAAGUCGGGCAAGAAGAGCAAGCCGAUGGCCACGUUCGAAUUUUCGACCAAGACAACACAUCUAUAUCGAGGAAGAAAGUAUUGAUAUUGAUCAAUGCUGCUCUCGGUCAAGAAGACAUUCCAAGUUUCAAGUCAUUUGUGGACGACAUUGCAUCGGUCAAGACUGUGCAAGAGGUGGUGCAGAGUGGAGAGGGCAGUGUUCAUAUGGUGAUGGGCAGUCCUGCUUGUGAUCUUGACUCAAUGGUGUCUGCCUUAGCUCGUGGUUACUACAAUCAUGUGACGGGCAAGUCGCCUUCGUCUGUAGUUGUCUCGCCAAUGUUCAAUGCUUCUAGAAGUGACUUACCGCUGAGAACAGAGGCCACUAAGUUGUUUGAAGAGUGCGACGUGAACUCUGCCAACGUCGUCUGUAGCAGUGACUUGAGUUUAGAGGAGCUGCAGACGGAUGGCAAGCUGAAAUUGAGUCUGGUCGAUCACAAUAUGCCGACGGAAGAUCAGAGAGACAUGGUGCAGUGCGUAGUGGAGAUUGUCGAUCAUCAUCAGGAUGACAGUUCGGGAGUGUACGAUGAGAGUGUUGAAAAGACCAUUUCUGCGGUGGGAUCGUGUUCCACUCUGGUUGCUAGCGACUUCUUGUCUCACAAACGCGCGGCAUUGGAAGAGAACCCGGAUCUUGUGAAACUUCUGCUCGGGGCCAUACUCCUCGACACCGAUAAUUUGAGCGAAAUCACAGGCAUAGCGACGGAGAAGGACAGUGAAGUAGUUGCAGUACUGUCGAGCAUGACAGAAUCGAAUUGCAACGAUUUGUUCAAUGAGUUGAGUGCAGCCAAGUUUGAUACAUCUGGUUUAUCGGCAUACGAUUUACUGCGUCGUGAUUACAAAGAUGGUCCUGUAUGUUCUAAUACAUUGGCAGUUGGUGGUAGCAAAAUACCUGAAAGUGUUCUUGACUUUCUUUCGCGUGACGAUGCUUCUACUGCUUUGAAGGAGUUUGUUUCACUAAAGCUCACUGAUGUUCUAGUGGUCAGCGGUGUCUAUUAUAUGCCUGUAGACCAAGAACGAAGACGCCAGAUUGCAGUUUACUGCACAAACCAUGAAAUACUUGAAAGGGUUACGAAAUACCUUACUGCUCAAGGCAUAUUGGGUUUGAGUGAGGUUAUACAAACUUAUCCAAAUAUCAGUGUAUUUGAUCAGAGGAACACACGAGUUUCCAGGAAACAUGUUUUAGUUUUGGUUUGUGCUGUUCUUAGUCAGUCAAAAGAAGAAGAAAUUGUUUCUUUCAAACUCUUUAUUGACCAGAAGGCUUCUGUGGAAGCAGCAUUAAGAGUAGUUGAGGGAGAAGGUUUUCUGAAUGUGGUCAUGGGUGCUGUUUGGUGUGACUUGGAUUCUAUGGUAUCUUCUCUUGCUCAAGCUUAUUUCAAUGACCUUGUUGGCCGAGGUUCGGGUGGUCUCGUCAUUCCUGUUUUUAAUGCUCAUAGGAGCGACCUACCAAUUCGUGCUGAUGCCAUGCAUUUGUUUACAAUGUGCAGUGUUGAUUCAAGUAAUGUUCCUUGCGUGGAGGAUCUUGAUCUUAGUCAUUUAUUGCAAGAUUGUCGUCUUCGACUAAGUCUUGUAGACCACAAUGUUCCAUGUGACUCUCAAAGGAAUCUCGCUUCUGCUGUAAUGGAAGUCAUUGAUCACCACGAUGACACCAGUGGCAAUCUGUAUGGUCCAGAUGUAGACAUAAAUGUUGUGUCAGUUGGAUCAUGUGCAACUCUGAUAGCUGAUAACUUUCUGAACCAGAAACUUGUUGGUCUGGAGAAGAACCCAGAUCUUGUAAAACUGCUUCUUGGUGUCAUUCUACUUGAUACAGAGAACCUUAUAGCAUUGGCUGGACUUGCCACUGAUAAAGAUCGAGAAGUAGCUGAUGCAUUGUGUCGGCUGCUGCCCGAUGUCAACCCUGAUGUGUUAUAUAGGCAGCUUAGAAUGGCAGCUUAUGAAAAUGCUUGUACUCUUUUGAAGAGUGAUUACAAAGAUGCUCCCAAUACCAAGUCUGAUGUCAGGGCAGGAGGUAGUACCAUUCAAGUGAGGUGGGAGACUUUGUUUGGUCAAAAAUAUGCCAAAGAAGCUGUGCAAGAGUAUGCAACAGAGAUGGAUGUAGAUGUGUUUCUUGUGGAUUGUAUCUCAUACUCUGACUCAGAGAAGAAGCAACGAUGUCGACAGCUGGUCAUCUACAGUGAAAAUCCUCAGAUACUGAAUCAGGUGGUUGAAUUUUUGAAGUCUCAGUUUACACUUGGAUUGAGGGAGCUACCUUCCAAUGAUUCUCGCCUCCUCGCAUUUCAACAGGGCAAUGGAUCUGUCUCUAGGAAGAAAGUUCUGAUGAUGAUCAGUAUAGCUCUCAUGCCAACGUUCAAAAUUUUUGUUGAUGAACGUGCAUCUGUGUCAGUUGCAAAAGCAAGUUAUGCCAAGGUACAAGAAGGUGAUAUUCGUGAUAUUCAUGUUGUCAUGGGUAAUCAAUCCAGUGAUCUUGACUCAAUGGUUUCGUCAUUGGCACAUGCCUACCUUACUCACUUGGUAAAUUCGUCACUUGGCCUUGUGAUUCCCAUGUUCAAUGUUCCUCGAACAGAUGUUUCUCUUCGGGUGGAAGCAUUGUAUCUCUUUUCUGAAUGUAAUGUUAGUACAGCUAACAUUGUAUGUCUUGAAGACAUUGACCUGCAGCACUUGCAAGCAGCAAAUCGGCUGGAGAUGACCUUAGUUGACCACAAUGUUCCUGCUGGAGAUCAGCAAGUUCUUCUACCAUCAGUGAUAGAAAUCAUUGAUCAUCACAAAGAUGACACAGGAAAUGUGUAUAGGAGUGAUGUUGCAAAGAACAUCAAACCAGUUGGCUCUUGUUGUACAUUGGUAGCCAGUGAUUUUCUGGAGAAAAUGCCUUUGAUGUUAGCACGGAACCCUGAUCUUGUCAUUUUGUUGUUGGCAACUAUCCUGGUAGACACUGUCAAUUUGGAUUUUUCAGCUGGCCGAACAACAGACUCGGACAGAGAUGUUGUGACUCGUUUGACUGCACUUGUAGAUGUCGAUCAAGAUGAUUUGUACAAUAGAUUGCAAAAUGCCAAGUUUGAUCUUUCUGGUCUCUCUGCUUAUGAUUUGCUACGAAAGGAUUUCAAGGAUGCUACACCGAAUUCUCAAGGCAUCAGAGCUGGAGCAAGCAGUGUUUCUAAGAUGCUUUCUAACUUCAUGAAAAUGCCUGAUGCUAAUAAUGCUUUAGAUCACUUCACUUUGGAUCGUAACCUUGAUCUAUUACUACUAGUUUUCAUGUCUUUCUCGAGUCAAGAACGCCAGCCGAAACGUCAGUGUGCUGUUUAUAGUAAACAAGGUCCUUUGAGAUUUAAAGUUGCCAACUACCUGAGAAAUCAAGAGUCUUUGCAAUUGGAAGAAAUAGCAACAAACAACCCAAAUUUGAUUACUUUUGAUCAAGGAAACAUUACGAUCUCGAGAAAACAGCUAUUGCCUUUGAUAAAUGAUGCUCUAGUUGAUAUUCCCCUUGUUCUUGCCGUAGAACAGGUUGAAAUUCAGAGAGUUGAAGAAUCGGUCGCUCCUUUCUCAUUUGACAUGUUCUCAGAUGAUGAUGAUGAUGAUGAAGAUGAUUUGAUUGCUGGUGAUCAAGAAGAUCAUAUAGCCACUAGAAAGCAGCCAUUUCCUUUAACAAAUGGUGAAGUAACUGAAUAUUUAGAUCCAGAUGAUGGUUCAGUUGUUUCCAUAGAACGUAUUGAAAUGCAGAGGGUUGAAGAAUCAGUUGUUCCUUUCUCGUUUGACUUGUUGUCAGACGAUGAUUCAACAAGUUCUGUCAGGGAGCCAAUACCAGAAUUAACAGCAGAAGAAGAAAGACGUGAAACUAGACUUUGGAAAACUGUGACUAUUGGUGGGAAGGAAAAAGUAGUUGACAUGGAGGCUAUUGAACCAUACAAGAAAGUCAUGUCUCAUGGAGGGUAUGGUGGACAUGAGCAUAGAUAUGCUGUAAUUGUGUUUGCAGCAUGUUAUCUACCUGACAAGUCGAUUCCCAACUAUGCUUAUGUUUUGGACAACUUGUUCUACUACUGUGUUGGUAUUCUGGAGGCACUGGCUGCUGACCACUUUAUGGUUGUGUACCUUCAUGGAGGUACAGCUGAAAGAAAUGUGCCAAAGUUUCGUUGGAUGAGACGAUGCUAUCCAAUGCUUGAUAGCCGGAUCAGGAAGAACAUAAAACAACUGGUUGUCGUUCAUGCUGGCUUUUGGACUAGAACUUUAAUAAAGUUGCUGAGACCUUUGAUAAGUGCCAGAUUCUACCACAAAGUCCAUUAUGCUUUGACCUUGGAAGACCUUAGUCAGUAUGUAGAUUUACAGCAAAUUACAAUUCCAGAAGCAGUACUGAGUUGGGAUGAACGACUUAGUAAAGGAAAACGGCAACAAAAGCGAUCUGAGUCUGCAGAACCUCUCACUACUGGUUCACAAGAUGCAGUAGAAGAAAUUGGUGAAUCUACUCAGCCCCAACAAGAGGGUGCAGAGUCUGAAAGCAAAUAUUUAGUUGACCAAGAUGAAUAAUAGCAGUCAGAAUGUUUUGUGUGUGAAUUAGAGCUGCGUAUUAGAAUUAGUUGAACCUCGAGUUGGGUGUGCUUGUUGUAGUCACUGUAGUGGAAUUGAAUUUAGAAGCGAAUUUAGUUUAAUGUUGAUGAUCAAAGACAGAUAGACUAAUUAGCAGAAACUGAUGAGUAUGUGUUGCUACAGCAAACACACUAACCAGUAUUUGCAAUUCAUCAUCAAUUUGAUGCAAAAUUGAAAUCAAA